AUGAACCCACUGAGCGGAUACGGUAGCCAGUACCCCGGUCAGUACGGCCAAUACCCCUACGGCCCCCUGAGCUCUGCCCUUGGCCUCGGAGGAUACGGUAGCCAGUACGCUAUGGGCGGACUCCAGGGAUACGGUCGCCAGUACGGAAUGAUGCCCGGUUACGGUAGCCAGUACGGUCUCGGAGGGAUGACGUCGAUGUAUGGAUAUCCUUACGGAAUGUCGGGCAUUGGAAUGAAUGGAAUGUACGGGAUGAACCAAAUGACGAUGGGAGGCAAUGGAAUGAUGGGACCGAUGAUGGGUGGCAUGAACGGAAUGAACCCGAUGAUGUCUGGUUACGGUAGCCAGUACGGAGCGAUGCCGUAUGGCCAGAUGAUGCCCGCGCAGACCGGAUUCGGAACGACGGGUGUUGGCAUGAAUGGAAUUAGCGGAUAUGGAAUGAACCAGAUCCGUCCGGAAUACACCUCCCCCUAUGUCUCGAGCCAAUUCGGCCUCAACGGACUGCAGGGACAGUACAGUAUCGGAGGCGGAUACCCGGGCUACGGUAUCGGAUCCCAAUAUGGGAUAAGCCCACUCGGCGGAUACGGGAGCCAGUACGGCAACCAGUACGGUAUCUACCCCUACGGGCAGAUGAGCCCCGCCUACGGACUUCAGGGAUACGGCGGAAGCCCGUACGCUCUCGGAGGCAUCCAAGGAUACGGUAGCCCAUACGGACAGCUAUCCGGUUACGGUAGCCAGUACGGUCUUGGAGGACUGCAGGGAUACGGUAACCAGUACUCGACACUGCCCUACUACGGCACUAACGGGCUUACGGGCGUCUACGGAUUGACAGGACUGCAAGGUGGAGUGUCGCGUAGCUGCUCUCUUCUGUCUGGCUGUGGAAUCGGAGAACGAUGCAACACUUGUGGAAUCAGGUGUGAACAGCAGUGCUAUGGACCUCAGAAGUCCUGCCCUCUCGUGAACCUGUGCAGCAACAGCUUGUCGGCUACAGCAACGGGAGUCUGCGAAUGCCUGCCCGGAUUUGCGCGUAAUAUGAAUGGACAGUGUGUUGCUCAGCUGAGCUGCCAAGCAUUUUGGUUGCUCUUCUUCCUUGUCGUGAAACCGUUUGUCUUCAUCCCGGAAUGGGCAGAAUACUCACCGGGAUCAAAACUCCAACUUACAUUUAUGGAUCCCGUGUUUCAAUGGGGUGAGAAGUUCAGCGUUGCGGGGCCCAUGUUGAUCGGAAUCCCAUUAUAUUGUGGGAUUAUCCUGUUCCUUUAUCAUAAGACACCGGCGCAGAGGACUCGAGAGCUGAAGCUCACUGCACAGCACGAUCAGCACGAUCAACUUAUCAUCACCUACUGGGCGGACAUCGUGUGGGUGAUGUACAAUGGAGCCAACGCCAUCGUAUACAUGGUUUUUCAUAAAGACAUACGCCACCAAAUGGUGAACUACUUGAAGUUGAGGCGAUCACGGAAAGCGAAGGAUAGCUCGCACAGUACCACGAGCGCCCAGGUGCAUCCGAUCGGCACGAAAUGCAAGCGACCAAGUCUUAUCGGUGUUCUGAAGGGCCAAUUUGCU